CCCUUCGACGCCUCCGGUAACGGUCAAUGCCAAACCGGUGACUGCGGCGGCAAGCUGGCCUGCACCGCCUACGGGUCGCCGCCGAACACCUUGGCUGAGUUCUCCCUCAACCAAUACGCCAAUCUGGACUUCUUCGACAUAUCCAACGUCGACGGCUUCAACGUGGGGCUUGAAUUCAGCCCGGAUCCGGUGGGGAGCGGGUCUUGCCACGCGAUCCGGUGCGCCGCGGAUAUUGUCGGGCAGUGCCCGGCGGAGCUGAAGGCGCCCGGAGGAUGCAAUAACCCCUGCACCGUGUUCAAGACGGAUGAGUAUUGCUGCAACUCUGGGAGCUGCCAGCCGACGGACUAUUCUAAGUUCUUCAAGAACCUCUGCCCCGACGCGUAUAGUUAUCCCAAGGAUGAUCAGACGAGCACCUUCACUUGUCCCGCCGGUGGCAACUAUAGAGUCACCUUCUGCCCUAACUGAUUCCGGCCGGCCCGACCGGGAAGUCCAGACGACAAUCUGGAUGUUGCCACGCCGUUGUGUAUCGCAUGACGGCUUAUACGAAUCAUUGUAGGA